ACUGGUCCCUCCCCUCUCCCCUGCAGGUGUUUGGCGUGCUCUCGUACCGUCUGCCAACUUCUACUUCUGGGUUUACGUUGUAAAUCAUGGACGCGUGUCGCGUUGCCCCGCUGAUGUUGGUUGCCCUGUCAUUCUUAAGUACCGGUGACGCAGUGUUGCCAGGCAACCCGCAGGUGAUUGACAUGACCUACACGUUCGACGGGACCACCAUCUACUGGCCCACGUCGAAGUCUUUCAGGCUGACAAAUAUCUUCAGAAACUACUCGGCCGGAGGGUUCUGGUACGAGGCUUCUGAGCUGGAGGCGGCGGAACAUGGCGGCACGCACCUGGACGCGCCUUCGCAUUUCAGCAAGAACAAGUGGAGAGCUGACGAUAUUCCCAUCGAGCGGCUGAUGGGUCCGGCCGUCGUGGUGGACGUCAGCGCCAAGACAGUCGACGUCGGUAACGCAGAGUACCAGGUCACCGCACAGGACUUCCAGGACUGGGAAAAUACACACGGCAGGAUUCCGGAGGGAUGUUUACUGUUCGUAAACACUGGAUGGGGCAAGUAUUGGUCCAACAAACUGCAGUACCUCGGUACCGACACCAAGAACAUCUCUCUACUGCACUUCCCCGGAAUACACCCAGAUGGCGCUCGUUGGCUGGUGCAGAAUCGUGGCAUGCACGCUGUCGGUAUUGACACUGCCUCUAUUGACUACGGACAGUCCACUCUAUUUGAGACGCACCGAACCCUGUUGGGAGGCAAUGUCCCUGGGUUUGAGAACGUGGCGAACCUGGACAAGCUGCCCACCACGGGCGCUAUCGUGUACGCCCUGCCGAUGAAGAUCGGAGACGGCAGCGGAGGGCCGGCAAGGCUGGUCGCGAUUCUGGGGAAUACAGUCGGAGCAGCAGGAACAGCAAAGCCGAUGUUCGGUCUGGUGUCUUUGCUUGCGUACGCAGCUCUGUUGUUCACACGUUUUAACUGAUUAACAGUCGAUGUUUGUUAGGAUUUCGUACUUUUUAUGUAGAAUAAAGACAUAUUCAGGGGUAUAAUAGAGCAUUGUAUUGUUGCACUUGUACAUAUAAUGCGUAAUAUGACAGAUUGAAAAUUUUGUUAUGCGUCAUGUCUUUGCAACAAAUAAUCACAGCAUAAAAUUAAAUAUACGAAUUGAUACAACAGAUAAUCAAGAAUCACAAGAAUUCUAAAUAUCUAGUUAUUGGCGUACAUAAGCUUUCAUGUCACGUCAGAACUUUCAAAUCAGUUUCUUCGUUCGUUUUUUAACAAUAGAACUAUCUAGUUUUGUGGAGUGGAAUGAGG